UAUAGUGAAUUAUUGGGGGAAACGUUCAAAGUAAUAUAAUUUAAAGAGAAACUCCUAAUUUGGUGUCCAGGAUUUAUUUAAUCUGAAAAAAUCAUAAUUGUAAGGCAAUUGGGACUUUUUAAUACUUAUUUUUGCACAACGUAGCAGGUUAUGUUUUAUUUAUUUAAAACAAAUCUUUUUUUUUUUUUGAUAAAGGGAAACAAUGAAAGUACUGUUUUUUUUCAUAUUAAGUUAAUAAAACGACACAUAUAGGAAGAAGGCUUUUAAAUUUUUAAAUUCAGCAGCAUUUCCGGUUUAUCCCAGAAGCUGAAACGGUAGUACCUUUAUUUUGAAAAUGUAUAACGGAAAAGUGGUUGCUGCUUAUCAAACGUGACAGGUGGAAGCUGUGAGUUAGUUUACGUUUUUGGCGUAGAUAUUUAGGAAAAUGUAUGGAGGCAGCGGGUCGUAACAUUGCCUUAAUGUUUGUUGUAAACAGAGGUAAAAGAUUAAAGCUAACUGCCGCUCAUAAACAGGCCAGAGAGCCGCUUUUUGCGUCGGCAGCUUCGGUUUUACACACUGUAGACAGAGAGGGUACAAUGUUAGCUUGACGGCUAAUUCGGUUUGCCUAACUGUGUCGCAGCCGACCGGUUACACAUUUAGCUUACCUAUGACGUUGAGCGAGGAGCACGCUGAAUUUUAUUUUAUUUAUUUAUUUUUCCCCUUUAAAUUCCAUGUAUAUGUUUGGCCAGUCACAGCAGAAUCAGCGUGAUUUGAGGCGUCGCCUAGCGGACACCGUCAGAGUCCGAACCAGCCUAUCGCGUAAGAUCAGCCAAAGCACUUGAUAUGCCAUAUCUAGUCUAACUUGUAGCUAACGAGGCUAUUUGGGAAAUCAGAAUGAAUCUCCCGGGCUGCUAGUUAUCCGAGGGGGAAUGACCAUGUAAGCUGUACCGUUUCGACAAUCAGGUGACCCGGGUAUGAUCGCCAUUGGAUCGUACAGGAGCAGGUUUCACUUCCAAGAAGACGGACAAGAAGCGACGCUCUGAGACGGGGGGCCACACGGUAGAAAUCGCCUCUCAGCGGAAAAGUCUGCAUCCCAGUUUUGCUAUCUGGACUGUUUGCGGUUUGGCGCGCCCUUAUGUCUUCGCCUACGCCCGUCUCAACAUCCUGAAGCCGUGAGAGACGGACGGACGGACGGACGGAGGGAGGGAGGCAGGCAGGCAGAGGCAGCUCCGGGGUCCGUGACACUUAGCCAAGGAUAGGCAUCGCUGAAAUGAGAUGAGGCUCAGAAAUGGAACUGUGGCCACUGCGAUUGUUUUCUUCACCUCCUUCCUCAGCCUCUCCUGGUACACAGCAUGGCAGAACGGCAAAGAAAAGUUGAUAGCAUACCAGCGGGAGUUCCAUGCUUUGAAAGAGCGCCUCCGUGUGGCAGAACACAGAACCCUGCAGCGUUCGUCCGAGCUCAACAACAUUCUAGAGCAGUUCAGGAGAGCCAUUGCUGAAACCAACAGCAGCAAAGAUGCCCUCAUAAACUUCUCAGAUGAAACACAGAAACUACUGAAGGAGCUUGCGAAUAAAAAGCCUCUCCAGGUGCCAAACAUCUACCACCACCUGCCUCACCUUCUCAACAAUGAGGGCAGCCUGAACCCGGCGGUGCAGGUUGGUCUGGGACGCACAGGAGUGACAAUGGUGAUGGGGAUUCCCACAGUGAAGCGGAAGGUGAAGUCGUACCUGUCGGAGACGCUGCGCUCCCUCAUCGAUAAGCUGACGCCUGAAGAAAAACUUGAUUGUGUCAUAAUUGUGUUUGUUGGGGAGACGGACCUGGAAUAUGUUCACAGUGUGGUUGCUGGUCUGGAGAAAGAGUUUUCUACAGAGCUGAACUCAGGUUUGCUGGAGGUCAUCUCGCCUCCUGCAUCCUACUAUCCUGAUCUCACCAACCUCAAGGAGACUUUUGGGGACUCCAAAGAAAGAGUCAGAUGGCGAACAAAGCAGAACCUGGAUUACUCCUUCCUCAUGAUGUACGCAGUGAGCAAAGGGGUUUAUUAUGUCCAGCUGGAGGACGACAUUGUGGCCAAGCCCAACUACUUUGCAACCAUGAAGAACUUUGCCCUGCAGCUCUCCUCAGAAGACUGGAUGAUUCUGGAGUUCUCUCAGCUGGGCUUCAUUGGAAAAAUGUUCCAGGCUCCGGAUCUUAACCUCAUAGUGGAGUUUAUUUUUAUGUUUUAUAAAGAGAAGCCCAUCGACUGGCUGCUGGAUCACAUUCUCUGGGUAAAAGUCUGUAACCCUGAGAAAGAUGCAAAACAUUGUGAGCGGCAGAAAUCCAGCCUUCGCGUGCGCUUCAGACCCUCGCUGUUCCAGCACGUGGGACUCCAUUCUUCCCUGGCGGGAAAGAUUCAGAAGCUCACAGAUAAGGACUUCCUCAAACCGCUGCUUCACAAGAUGCACGUUAACCCCCCAGCUGAGGUCUCCACUUCAAUGAAGGUGUAUCAGGGUCACACGCUGGAGAAGACCUAUUUGGGAGAAGAUUUCUUCUGGGCCAUUACUCCCACUAAAGGAGAUUAUGUACUUUUCAAAUUUGACCGAGCUGUCAACAUAGACAGGUUCCUGUUUCGCAGCGGUAACCAGGAGCACCCGGGGGAUAAAAUCGAGAACACCACUGUGGAAAUACUGCCUGUCUCGGAAAAUGGACUGCUGACCAAAGACAAGUACAAGCGAACUGAAGAUCGCUUCUACCGGAUCGGUCACUUUGAGAAAGGUGUGGCAGAAGGAGUUGUGGACCCGUCCUUCAAUCCUGUUUUGGCGCUUCGCCUCUCGGUUCAGAAAGACUCUGCUGUCUGGGCGAUCCUCAGUGAGAUCCACAUUAAAAGGAUAGCUGGCUGACAUCUCUGGAGCAGGAUUAUGAAUCAUGGUCCCUGGAGAACCAGAACCACCACACUGCUCGUGCUGAACCUCUGGCACCUAGCAACCAGCAGUGAAGUCAUCGGAGAAAGCGCCACCUCUCUGUCUCGUUAUUCCAUUUCUGCCUUCCUGUCUUUAUCCGCCCUGUGCUCUUCAUCUAUUUGUCAGAAUGUGAAUACUACUGUCUGCAGAGCAGUGACGACAUCUGUUCUCAGCUCUGACUCUCAAGGUGACGUUGUUGUUCAGCAGCUUUGAAAACAAUCACAAAAUUCAUGGACCGGGAGCUCGACGCCUCACGUCUUCACGUCCAGUCAGCUGGCCAAUGAUGUAGAUGCUGCCAAACCCCCCAUUGUUUUUCAAUGCUGCCACACGUGGGCGAGCUGAGGUAUUGCACUGUCCCUAACGCCUCAGCAGAGCCUGGGAUGUUUCAAGAAUGUCGUUGUCUCCAACGCUCAGCUGUUCUCUCUUCCCGUAGAUGCUGGAGCUUUAACUCGACUCCAGCCCAAACAGAAAUGUUUCACUCACUCUCAUCAGAUGCUGUUCUUGUCCUGAAACAAAAACUCACUAUAAGCUCGUCGUUUCAGAAUCCUGCCUGCAGCCAGUCGGUGACAUUUGGACCACAGUGCAGUAACGAUAUCAUAUCUGACUCGCCUACUUUCUGACAGGCUGUUUAUCACCUCAGUGUCCGUUUCUAGGAAAACAACCAAACAUGACUUUGGUAACAUUUUCCUGAAGGAAUAUAUUGUUUUUAUUGCUAUAAUAUUACAGUUAUGACUGGCAAUCUACGAAGGUGACUUAAUUUAUUUGAAAUAAAUCUUGAAUUUGUACAAAAAGUAAAAUAUAUUUUUAUUCUACCAACAGAUGUUCAUGGUAGAUUAAACGACUGUGUUAUUGUGUGCUUUUUUAAAAAAAUCUAAAUUGCAGUUGUACAUUUUAUUUUCACUGUAACAGCUACUAAGACGGUUUAUUUUAUGUUUAAAACGAAAUGAUAGGACAGUUGUGAAUCUCUUCUGUCAACUUUAUUGGUGUAAAUUUAGAAAUAUGUGCCUUAUAGCUUGAAAUCGCCCCAUCAUAAUCAGUACAAUCAGCCUCCCUGAACUCUUUUGCCUACAAAAUUGAUUGCUGGAUGUACAAAUAUUUGGAAAAUCACUGACAGUGUAUGAUUGGAUGUGGAGGACAACAAUUGUAAUGCUGAAUGAAAUUAGUAAACAAAGGAGUCUAACCAGUUUACUGACUAAAACAGCAAUAUUUGCACAGCUUCUUCACCCUUCAUUUAGUCUUUUUUGUACCUCAUAGUUCAUAUUUGUUGAGUUCUGUUUAUCAGAUUCAUCUUAAAACCUAUUGUCAGUUAUGUUUUUUUUUUUUAAACUACUACUGAUCUUAGAACCUGCUACUGGCUGUGUGUGUUUUUGUGUUGCUUCAGAAUAGUUUACAAAAGCAGCAAGCUUGAGAUAUUUUGUGCAUUUCUUCCAUGUUUUGAGUGGAGAAAUUGUUAGUAAUCCUUCAAUGAUUUUACUUGUAAGUAGUUUUAAGGGAAAGUAAAAUACUUACAGUCAACCAAGUCUAUUUCUGAGCAGUUUUAGCUGAAGGGAAAAAGUGGUGAUUUAUUUUGUAAACCUUUUAUUUUGAAAGGAGACCCCAGUGCUGCAAACAAGACAGACUGUUCUCCUUUUCCUGCAUCCAUAAGUGAACAACGUGAAAGCAUGCAGAAGCAUGACAUGUUCAUAAAUGUUUAUGUGAGACAGGAAAUAUAAUGACGUUCUGCCAGCAGCCCCUUCAGCUUCCAUCAGUCCAUGUGCCUUCACCGUGUACAUGCAUCUGCCUGAUUGUUUUGGCAUCAUUUUUCAUUGAAAUGUUCACAAUAAAUGAGAAAAGUUGCUAAAAAAAA